GUUGUGCGUGUUGCCUACGCACGUUAGUCCUUUGCGAGAUCGCGUGCGUGCGUGUACUAGUCGCGUGUACGAAAAUCAAAUAAAAUUGGUGAUUUGUGGACGAUGCUACAACGAUGCAGUCUGUACUAGCUAGAGCUAGUCGCCCUUUUGGUCUACCCCAGUUGAAAAAACGAAAACUGGACGACUCUAGCAUGGCAACCGUUUCUAAAAUUUUUUCAAACUCUCUCGACUCUGACGAAAAAAAGCGCCGAAAACCUGACGAAAUAGAGCCAGCACCAAAAUCUCUGAUUUUACCACAGAAAAAGCGCGUUUUGCCUGCAUCUUCAACCACCAGUCCUCUGAAAAAAUGCCAGAAACUGUUGCCGACAUCGGACGAAAGUGCAGCUGAUGAAACACUAAUUCGGGAAACUGAAGCAGCACUUAAGAAUUUGUCGGGAAGUUGGCCCGGACCUCGAGGAUCUUCGUACCAGAAAAAACAAGACGAGUCACCGGCUUUCGAGAAUUUAUUCGAUGAGAAAAAGAGUGUUAAAUUAUCGCCUUCGUCUUCGAGUAAUGGGAGCAAUGAUGUGUGCUCUUUGAAAGACGUUAUCACAUUACGAGAACCGCAUGAAGAGGAGGAGUUGAAAGGAAGGACUCGAAUUAAGCUGGAGGACGAAGGGAAGAUUAAAAUUAAGCACGAAACAUCACAAUACGAACCGCCUGAUUUUAACGAAUUGGUGGAUGACUCCUCCAAUGAGCUGGAAAUAGACAUGUCGGAAGCGGCUUCCGAGAAAAAUGAUAACAAGAAGGAGAAAAAAGUUGAUUGUGAUGACGGAAAAACAGGCCCUUUACCGGCAGAAGCGACGUUUGUGGGCUAUCCGGUUGCCAGCGAGGAUAAAACUAAAGUGGUCAAGGAUGUGGAAAAAUCUUCAGAGGACGUAAACAAGCAGUAUACAAUUUUACAGCCAGCUGCAGCGGGCUCAAGAGCAGCUAAUGCCCUUCAAGAAGUGGCUAGGGAAGGAGUACCGAGUGUAACAGCCGUCGCCAACGAACCCAAAAUGAUUACGUCAACAGCAGCGCUCUCCCCCAAUAGCAUAGGAAAGGAAGGAAGCAAAUGUCCGACUCCAGGAUGUACGGGUCAAGGUCACGUCACUGGACUCUAUUCUCAUCAUAGAAGUUUGUCCGGAUGUCCACGUAAAGAUAAAGUAACACCAGAAAUCCUGGCCAUGCACGAAACCAUCCUCAAGUGUCCUACUCCGGGCUGCAAUGGGCGAGGUCAUGUUAGCUCCAACCGGAAUUCACACCGAAGUCUUUCCGGUUGUCCCAUUGCCGCGGCGAACAAACAGGCCGCACGUGAACAAAAAUACCAAAGCAAUCUGCACCGUAUCAAAUCGCCCCAUACCUCUGCAUUUGCAGUUUCUGGUGAAUUCGGCCCACAUUCAUCCAGUUCUGAAGACGUAAAACCCAGUUACUUGGUCAGUUAUCAACACUCGGACCAAGAAACGAAAUCAUCGUAUGAACAUUUCUACAGCAAAGCGAACCCAUCUCACAAAUCCGACUUAAUGAAAAUUCCAAAGACCGAAAUCAACCAAAGCAGUUGCUGUUCUGGCCAAACUGAACUUUUAGUACCUAAAUCUGAAAUAAAUGCUAGUACUUGUCGGUCAUCACCGAGGAGUACCUACGAACCUUACAUUAACCAAGAUUCAAAUUCGUCGUCUUUAUCAAGUAUGGAUACUGUCAAUUCGCGCGGACCUCCACACCAAAUUCACCAUUUGAGUCCACAUCAAAGUUCGCAGUCUAACUAUGGCAUAGAGCAUCAGAUACCUCAUCGGUCACCCUACCACCAAAUGUCUGAUGAUAUGUACCAUCGGUCAGAUAGGUCGUAUACGGAUAUAACUGAUUCGAUAGGCGGUACUAUUCCAAGACCAGUGGUUACGUACUCUAAUGAAAUCGUGACACGAUCUUAUGAUUCUUCCGUGGUCAAUUCAGCAAGUCAUAGACCAUAUGAUCCUGGUACUGCUACAGCAUUCGAAAGAUACGAUUCUGCUCAAUGUCUAGCAAUGCAACAGGGUUUAGUACCACCAAGAGUACCACCACAAGGAAUGUAUGGAUAUGCUGCGAUGGAAGAACAACAAGACCAAAGGUACCAAGAGGGAGUUAGUGUUCAACAUCAUCAAAUUGCACCGCAACAAGGGUUACUGAAGACUGAAGCGGGGCAAGAAACGUCGGGACCUCUCUAUCCCAGACCGAUGUAUCAGUACGAUUCAUCGGGCGGUCCACCACUGCCUCUCGGCUUCUCUGCGAUCAACUUGUCGGUAAAAUGUGUAACAACAGCUCAAGCCCAAAUAAAAGGUCCUCAUACGUCCCCUGGUGGAACAGUUAUCGACCUUUCGACAUCGAGCGUUACAACAACGAGCCCUCAGGUGGCCUACAGUUCACCACAUUAUGGUGGUCAGCGAGUGAGUGGUAGUCCACAAGCGGCCGCAAGUCCACAUCUUUCAGCUAGCCCUCAAGUUCCUAGUCCACAAGGUCAAACUUUAGAUCUUAGCGUCAGCAGAUUGUCCCACAGCAGUAAUACAAGUCCUCAGUACCAAAAUGGUCAUGGCGAUAGUGUUCCUGUACAAGGUUUUGUGGGUCCUCGUGACGAACAAACGGAACCUGUCGACUUUUCAACAGCAAAUGAACCUGUUAAUUUUAGUGGAGUACGACCUGUUGCAACAUUUGCUGGAACGGUACUCACACCUGGAUCGGGAUACAGCCGCGAAUCAACUCCAGAUAGUGGGGGAUCACAUUAUAUGGACGCUUACAGAGAUUCCGCAGGGUAUGGUCCCAUGAGUCCGCACCCUGGCUAUGGUAUGACUUCCGUUGGUAGUGACUACAGUUCAAACCCAUACACGCCUUACCCCACCAGUGGGUAUUCUUGCGCGGGGGGAUACCCAGGUACAGUGACAACAGGGUAUCCCGCACCUCCAGGCGCUUAUUCUCCUGGUCCUUGUUAUUCAAUGCCACCACCACAGCACACAAUCUCCCAACAUGAGAAACCAACAAAUAAAGACAGCAGUUCGCGUCGACCUAUCUACAACGGAGUACGUCCCUGUGCUAAGGGCAGGGACGGUAAGGAGCUGAUUCAGUGCCCGACAAUUAACUGUGAUGGCAUGGGACACGUGUCUGGCAACUACGCCACCCACAGAAGUUUGUCUGGGUGUCCAAGGGCCGACCGAAGUCAAAUUCAAGCACAUUCUCAGGAAUUGAAAUGCCCUACUCCAGGAUGUGACGGUUCCGGACAUGUCACUGGAAACUACUCUUCACACAGGAGUCUUUCGGGAUGUCCGAGAGCAAACAAACCGAAAAGUAAACCGCGAGAUGGACAAGACAGCGAACCUCUAAGAUGUCCCAUCCCGGGUUGUGAUGGUUCUGGACAUGCGACUGGAAAAUUUUUGUCGCACCGAAGUGCAUCUGGCUGUCCCAUUGCAAAUCGCAACAAAAUGCGAGUUCUGGAAAGUGGCGGAUCAGUGGAACAGCAUAAAGCAGCAGUGGCUGCAGCAACUGCAAUGAAAUUUGAAGGAGUCAAUUGUCCCACUCCUGGUUGUGAUGGUACAGGACACAUAAAUGGUUCUUUUUUAACCCAUCGUUCUUUGAGCGGCUGUCCUGUGGCAGGCCAGUCAAUUAAAAAAGCAAAAUUUCCCGAAGAAAUGCCUUUUUACACGAAAGGAUACACAGGUUUGGAGCAGCCUAACAACGGUGAAGAUCUGAUGACUUUGGAGGCCGAAAUCACAGAACUCCAAAGAGAAAAUGCAAGAGUUGAGUCACAAAUGAUUAAACUCAAAUCUGAUAUCAAUGCUAUGGAAAGUCAUCUAAGUCACGGCGAAAAGGAAACUCAAGCACUCACUCAGCGCUCCAACAAUCUAAAUGAAUACUACGAAAGCUUGAGAAACAACGUCAUAACAUUGUUAGAACACGUCCGAUUGCCUGGCGGUGCUCCAACGCCUGAAAAAAUUGGUCAAGAAAAUUUCGACUCAUACUUGACCAAGCUACAAACACUCUGCACACCCUCUGAAGGAUACUGUAGUGAUGAAAAUAGACCACUUUAUGAAACUGUCAAGUGUGCAUUACAAGAUUUUACGGUCCUUCCAACGCCUAUUUAAGUGUAUGAUGUGAGUGUUGAAGUUAAAUCAUUUGUACGUAAUUAACUAAGUAUAAAUUGUGAUUUAAUGUAAAUAACGUUCAUUUGUAUAGAUAUUGGAUUACCACUUAGGAUAAUUAAGUACGUAACUAUGCUGUAUAUUUUUGACUGUACAUAUUAACAAAAUACGAAGACGAACCUUAAAUGUAUAAACGUUCAUUAAUUUAUCUCAUUUUAUUUGAUCCACCUUCUCGUCUGCAUUGUUUGUCAGUAAAAGUACUACAAUUAUUGUAGUUACCUACGUAUUAGAAGUUUUUACUUUAAUAAGUGGCAGAAGAAUAUGUAGACCCUUGUCAUUGCCAUAUUUUUAGAUCUGUGAUUUUGUAAUUAAGUGAAUUGAUUUUGUCUAGACUCCAGUGUUAUUUGUAAUAGUAUAAGUAUAAUAUAAUGUGCAAUACGCAGUAAAAAACUCGAUGAAAUGCAAGUUUUUUACUACCUACUCUCAACUCGUUAUUAUCCAAGCCAAGUUUCUUGUUUUGUUAUUAUUUUUUUUAUUACUCAAAGUUUUUUACUGUGCUGUUUACUACUAAAUUGUUGUGUAAUGUGUAAAUAAAAUAAAUGAGCAUAGCCACUCUUAUCAUUAAAUAUUAUUUGUUCACACCAAAUGUCUAUGUUAACAUAAAUACAUGUGUUGUUAUUUAUUACAAAUAAACUCUAAAAGAACCAA